CGGCCAGAACGUUGCCUCUCUGAGCACUAAAGCUCUCAUCGCCUUGGCCCAAACCCUCAAAACUGUACCUCCAAGCAUUGGGGUUGUGUCCCGCAUCGAACAGUUGGACAUCACUCCAGGGCCUGACGGUCGUUUUGGCUUCACUAUUGUUGGAGAUUGCCCCUUGUUGGUGGAGGACUGCAUGCUUAACUCUCCAGCAGGCCGCAGCGGGUUACGGGCAGGGGACUAUGUGAUGGAGGUGAAUGGAAUUCCAGUGAAGCACCAUGAAAUGGCGGCAGCCAUGAUUAAGGCAUCGCAGGGGCGGACAUUGCGACUUGGUGUGCUCAGACUGAACCGUUGGCAAAAACGCACCAGCAGCAGUAUGAAAGAGACAUACCAGAGUGGAGAUAUAGUUCGUCAGGACCGCAAACACAAAGCACUGGAGUUUAACAAGAAGGUUGAGGAGAUUUUAGGUGACGAGCCAGUGGUGAAGGAGAGGCUUUUUGACCUGUUGAAGCAAUACGCUUCAGAGAGGGAUGUGGAGCAGCUGGCAUCCACCCUCCCUGAGAUACUGAUCACUGAGGAACAUCAACAGCUGAUUGACAACAUCAGGAUCUUCAUCCCCAAAAAGCACCGGCAGCGUUUUGAUGAAGUGGUCUCUCAGAGCCUGAUCAGCCGCCUGAGGGGCCGCAGUUUUAGUGAGCACAGGCAGAGCGGUCUGCGCCGCAGCCGCAGUGAAGAUCACCCUGAAAGACUGCUGGUGUCCACACGGGCCAGCUCAGUGCCACGCACUGCCCAUGAGGAUGGCAUUCUUCCCCCCUCUCGAGGCCUUCGCAAAACGACUUCACUCAUCGCUGGCCACUCUGGUGCCGUCAGCAACCGCAGGACGGUGCGGGUCUACAAGGGGAACCAGAGUUUUGGUUUUACCCUACGUGGCCAUGCUCCCGUUUGGAUUGACUCGGUUAUUCCAGGUAGCCCAGCUGAGAAAGCAGGCCUCAAACCUGGUGAUCGCAUCCUAUUUCUCAAUGGCCUUGACAUGAGCUCCCUACAGUGGGUGGCUGAAAUUCUGCCACCCAGCAUCCGUGUGCAGGGGCGCACUUUCAGUCAGCAACUUGAGCACCUGCUCACACUGCAAGAGAGAUACACCAUCUGCAAGUCCCUCGAGGCUUUCUUCCAACACAGGAAUGUGGAUACUUUGAUCGUGGAUGUUUUUCCAAUCCUGGAUACUCCAGCUAAGCAGGUGAUCUGGCAGUUUAUUUACCAACUGCUAACCUAUGAAGAGCAAGAAUAUUGCCAGAGCAAGAUCUCACGCUUCCUUGGUUAUAAAGUCACAUUGCCUGUGGCAGAACCAGAGCCACCAGCUCCAGAGCCCCACCGGCGUAGUAGCUCUAUGAAGGUGACAGGGACCACCUACCGGAGCAGUGUGAGAGGCCGUAGUUCAGACGAUCUGGUCAUUGGCACUCACCUGGGAAUGGGGAUCCGAACUGAGCCCGUUGAGGUCACUUCUAUGAGACUGGCUCCUGGAGAAAGACAAUCUGGAGAUGGGACAUCUCUACCAGAGACACCCAACAACCUCACUAAUCUAUCUGCUGUAUAUGCUGAGCUGGAGAAUGUGCAUGUAGGCAAGAGGUCUAAAUCUCUGAAGAGCCGCCCUCCUCCUGCCCCAGAAACAUUGAUUGACAUCUACUCUCACUCAUCUAGCCAGUCAGUCAGAGCUAAAUCUUCCUCUCCUUCUGUACGAGGUAGUUCAGGCAGUCGUAAAGCAACAUCAGUCCAGCCUCCCCCACCUCCUCCCCCUCCUCCCCAACCGUUAUGGAAUGAGCCCUUGCCCAGUCCCCAGGGCCUGUGCUAUCCUCAAGAGCUUUCGUCCCAGGGGACUUCAGAGUCCAACCCCUACAUUAGCCUGGACAGCCCGCCAUUAUCGCCACCAUCUCCCCCUGAUUAUCCGCCAAGCCCUCCAGACUACCUACCCAGUCCUCCCAUCCGGAAGAAGCGUUACACGUUUUCCCGUCCCCCCCGAAGUGCUGACACAGACCUGUUCAUGGAGGCCCUUACAGAGCAGUUGGGUCAGCAGUUAUCUGUGGAUGACUUUUUGUCACCAGAAAAUGAUUAUGAAGAGGACGUGGUCCAGAUGACCCUCCAAGACGAGGAGGAUGAGGAAUUAGAGGAUGAAGAUGAGGAGGAAGAUGAGGGCCCAUAUAUCCCUCCUGAGCUCAGCAGUGCUAGUGAGAUGCAUAGUAGCAGUGAGGAUGCAAGUUCCCUUACAUAUUCAUCCAGCUCUGAGCAUAUUCCACCUCCACCUCUCACCCCGCCUCCUCCCCCACCUGUUCAGUUUAAUGAUCCACCACCUCCUACCAACUUCACUCCUGAUCAAGCCCCCCGACAGUUAACUUUUCGCCGUCACCCAGGACCUCCACCUCCACCGCCUCCUAGGGCCAAUCCACCUCUAAAGCGACAGUCUAUUAACAAGGUGCCUCCUGCUCGGGAGGAGUUUAUGGCCCAUCAGGUUAUUCAUGAAGCCCAGUCUCUACCAGUCCAGCCGACCAGUGGCCACUCCCAGCACACCAUACAACAGAUGCACCAGUCCCUGCCCCCAUUGCCUUCACCUGACAUAUCUCCAUCUGCCGUCCAUAACCAUAUGAUGUACCACAUGCAUCACCAAUCUCAACAAAGUCAACAAGAUCAACAGGUUUAUCAAAUUCAUCAAAAUCAUCAGGCUCAGCUCAGUCAUCAAUUUCAUCAGGCUCAACAGAGCCGUCAAAUGCAUCAAAGCCACCAGACUCAUAAUCCUCACCAGUCGCAACUCUCUAGCUCCAUGGACAGGCUUGACAAUAUUGAGAGAAUGGAACUAUCUGAUAGACAUAUUUAUGAGGCUUACCAGCCUCAACCAAUGCAUCCAGGUCAUCAGAUUCCACUUAGUCAUCAUCAAAGCCAUCAAGUUCACCUAUCCAGCUCAAUGGAUAGGCUGGAUAGAUUGGAGAGGCUUGAACACUUGGAACGAAUGGAACGUUUAGAACGGAUGGAACGGAUGGAAAGGUCUGAUAGAGCUGAAAGGAGAGCUGAAAUUCAUCAAGCCCAUGUGUCUCAACAAAACCCCCAGGCUAUUCGCCAAACUCAACAGACUCCACAACCUCAGUCAAGUUAUCCCAGUCAACACCAACUUCAUCAGAUCCAUCAAGUCUACCAACCAACCCAACCUUCCCCACUUCCCCACCACCCUCCUCACAUUCAUCAGAUUGAGCACAUCCAUCAGACCCAACUUGUGCAAUCUGCUCCUCAGUACCAUGUAAUCCACCAGCCCCACCAACCUCAGCAGACCCAGAUCCUCUCCACCUUCCAGCCUCUGACUACGCAUCAGCCAAUAUCACAACAACAAACACAACAACAGCAACAGAAGCAGUCACAGAUGCACCAUCAGUCACAUCCAAUCCACCCUUCAUCCCAAGCCAGACAGAGUCCUAAUCCCAUUCAGCACCAACGCCAUCAGCAUCACCACGAAGUUCAAUCUCAAUCACAGCCUCAACCUCAGUCCCAGCCACAGACCCACCAUCAAGAGGUAUCUCCUAUGGAGCCUCCUCCACCUCCACCUUUGCCCCCUCCUUGUGUUCCACCUCCCCUGCCCCGGUCAUCGCCAAAUAAAUCAGACUCCAGUCACAUGAAUGUGAAGAGGCUACGCUGGGAACAAGUUGAAAACUCUGAAGGAACUAUCUGGGGCCAGUUGGGAGAAGACUCUGAUUAUGACAAGCUUAAUGACAUGGUGAAAUAUUUGGACUUGGAAUUGCAUUUUGGCACACAGAAGAGUCUAAAACCUGCACCUCAGCCAGAGACAUUCAAAAGAAAAGAUGUGAUUGAGAUUCUUUCGCAUAAGAAAGCCUACAAUGCAUCCAUCCUGAUUGCCCAUCUGAAGCUUUCUCCAGGUGAGCUGCGUCAGGUUUUAAUGACGAUGUCGACCGAUCGCCUGGAGCCAGCACACAUCAAGCAGUUGCUAUUGUAUGCGCCUGAUGAUGAAGAGGUCAAGCGGUAUGAGCAGUUCACUGAUAACCCUAGCAAGCUUAGUGAACCAGAUCAGUUUGUCUUACAGAUGCUGUCUGUGCCUGAGUACAAGACCCGUCUGAAGAGUCUGCAUUAUAAAAGUGUGCUGCAGGAGAAAACCGAGGAGAUGAAAGUAGGAUACGAGUACAUCUACAAGGCCUCACUGGAGCUCAAAAACAGCAAAAAACUAGCAAAGAUUUUGGAGUUUGUCCUUGCCAUGGGGAAUUACUUAAACAAUGGCCAGCCCAAGGGAAGUAAGACCACUGGUUUCAAGAUCAAUUUCCUGACAGAACUUGGCACCACCAAAACUGUAGAUGGAAAAUCCACAUUUCUGCAUAUUCUGGCCAAAUCAUUGUGGCAACAUUUUCCCGAGGUCCUGGACUUUGCCAAAGAACUCACAACUGUACCACUUGCAGCCAAAGUGAAUCAGAGAAACAUCACCUUUGAUAUAAACGAUCUGCACUCCACCAUCCAAGACAUCCGCUUUGCUUGCCAAAAGAUGCCAGCCACUGCUGAGGACCGCUUUGCUGUUGUUAUGAGUGGUUUUCUGGAGAACAGCCACCCUGCUGUGCAGUCUCUGGAGUCUCUACAGCAGAGAGCUAUGGAGGAAUUCUGUAAAGUGGCCUCCUUUUUUGGGGAGGACGGCAAAGCCACCACCACAGAGGCUUUCUUUGGCAUCUUUGCUGAAUUCAUUUCAAAGUUUGAUAGAGCUGUAAUGGAGAACCAGGCUGCUGAAAAUCCUCCACGCAGUCCUCGCAUGGUGUCUCCCCUACCAUUGUGAUGAGACACCCAAAUACACAAACACACACACACACAUAUACUGUUAACAGACUAAUAUAAAGUGCACACAAACUCAUACACAUUGAACAUGCACUAAAAUACUUUCAUCACACUAACAAACACAGACAUACCCGGGAAAAUCUCCUUUAGUUCCUAUGCAUACAUGCUCCCAUUCUGACACAUUUUUGAGCUACAUAGGCUACAUGGAGUUUUUGGAAGAUGUUCAAACUAAAUAAAAACAACAACAACUAAAGACAAGUCUUAAGUUCAGAGAUUAUAUUAGCAUUAUACAGUGUGACUGCAUUAAUGCGCAUUCAAUCUUAGAUAUAGUACUGAAUCAGUUGUGGAAUGUGAACAGGACUGUGAAUGAAAUUCUGGUGUUGUUUUGUGUAUAAAUGCUCUGACAUGUUUAUUCAUGAGGCUGUUAUUUAACAGAUUACGUUGAUUCUUCUGUAGAAUGUACUUACAUAGACCUUGGACACUUUGGACAUAAAAUAUUAUAUUUCUUAUAAAGAUAUAUGACAGAUUUCUGAUUAUUCUAAGUAAUGAUUUAACUAAUAAAGCGAUUCCUUAUGUAGUAGUGUGCAAUAUCACAUGCAAAUUAUGAAAUAUUAUUAUGAACCAGAUAUUACUGUAUAAGAGUUAUUGUAAGAGUUUCUAUAGCUAGUUUUUAUUGUAUGACAAAUCAGAUGAAAUUAUGAGAGAAAUAGAUAAGCUUUCCUCAGUAUUUGCUUUAUCAUAUGCUAAAUGUAAAAUAGAAUAUAAAGGUUUUAUUGUUUGUUUGUUUGCUUUUUUUUAACAACCGGAAAUGGAAAUCUAAAUGUCUUCGUCUUUUUAAAUGUGCCAUUUUUUAUGUUGUGUAUUUAAUAAAUGGAUUUAAGUUAUCUUUUUUUUUUUUUAUUUGGUUAGAACUAUGAUUAUUAUUGUUUGUAUACCUUAUGAUUUUCUUAACUGUUUACAGACAAGAUUAAUAGGCCUGGGAGAAUGCAAUAAAGACAAAAAAAGAAUAUAACGAAAAGGAAAAAUGAAAUCGAUCAACAAUGUUGUGAUAUUUUUAUUUAAAAAAUAUUUGGAAAACAUUAACAUUUUUAGUAAUUCUUUUAUUAAUUAUAUUAUUAUAGGAGUAAAGUAAUAACUUGCAUAUUAUAGCAGUACAAAACAGUUUUCUUAUUUUGGUUAGUUGACUGAUAUCCUAAAUGCAGGCCAGAAUAAAGGUGUUGUUGCCUUGUAGCUGUGCUGCAAUA